AUGGAAGUUAAAGAGAUCAAGUCAACAGUCUCCAAUUUGGAGAAAAGCACUGAUGAUGCCACAAUUUUAAAGCUCCUUAACAUUUUGAAUGACGGUGUUCAGCCCACUGAGAAGCUUUUGCGUGAGACGAAAGUAGGUGUGGCGGUGAACAAGUACCGUUCCAGUAGCAGCAGCGAGAUUAGUGCGUUGGUAAAGAAAAUGAUCAAGAAGUGGAAAGAAAUAGUUCAAAAUGAAAAGCUGUCUAAGAAAGCUCUGAAGGAAGCCCCGCUGGAUAAGUCAUCUUCCGAUCAUGUCCCAGAAUCUCGCCCCGUUCCAGGAACUGCCUCUGGUAAAUUCCAUCUGGGGCCAAGAAAUCCAAAAACAGAUGGAGUUAAUACUACACUUUACGACAACAAUACACGUAACGCGUCGAUCAGUGCAUUAUAUACGGCAUUGGCAAUUGAUAGAGACGAUGAAAGUUCUGUGAUUUUACGUGUGGCACGAGAAAUCGAGGGCGAAGUUUUCAAGGCCGAAUACGCUGCUGUGACAGACAAUUAUCGUAACAAGUUGAGAACCUUCACAAUGAACUUACGCAACAAAAAGAAUCCUCAGUUGCGUGGAAGAUUACUCGAGGGACACAUAAAGCCUGCCGUCUUCAUAAAGAUGCCACCAAGCGAAAUGGCACCUGAAGCUUUGAAGAAAGAGAUAGAAAAAUUACACAAGCAAAAUCUCUUCGAUGCUCAGGGUGCUACGGAGAAGAGGGCAGUGACUGACAGAUUCACAUGCGGCAAAUGCAAGCAUAAGAAGGUGAGUUACUAUCAAAUGCAAACUCGUUCUGCGGACGAGCCCUUGACCACAUUUUGCACAUGUGAAAAUUGCGGCAACCGGUGGAAAUUUUCUUAA